GAUCUGUCUAUAUGCAUUCUGGAAACAUGGCUUCCGCAGGGGAUGUGGGUAGUGUUUAUUUUGGCCCAAACCAUCCGAUGAAGCCACACCGGCUUUGUGUGACCCACCAUCUCGUCCUCUCCUACGAGCUCCACCAGAAGAUGGACGUAUAUCGGCCUCACAAGGCAUACCCAGUUGAGCUUGCUCAAUUCCAUUCAGCUGAUUAUGUUGACUUUUUACACCGGAUUACACCUGACACUCAACACAUGUUCUCAGAUGAAUUAGUAAAAUGAAUUUUUUUUUUCAGUGCAUUUAGCUCCAUAAGCUAUUGAUAUGUGGUAAUAUCCAUUUAUUGUAUAACAAUGUUGGAAAAGUAUUCAGUAAA